AUGGAUGUCUCUCUACUCCUCAAUGUGGAGGGCGUCAAGAAGACCAUUCUGCACGGGGGAAUAGGAGAACUCCCUAAAUUUAUCACUGGCUCCAGAGUGACCUUUCAUUUCCGAACCAUGAAGUGUGAUGAGGAACACACAGUGAUUGAUGACAGCAGGCAGGUGGGCCAACCCAUGAGCAUCAUCAUUGGCAACAUGUUCAAGCUGGAGGUGUGGGAGGCGCUGCUGACAUCCAUGCGUCUUGGUGAAGUUGCUGAGUUCUGGUGCGACACCAUUCACACAGGGGUCUACCCUAUGUUGUCCCGCAGUCUACGACAGGUGGCUGAGGGCAAGGACCCCACAGGCUGGCAUGUGCACACGUGUGGGCUGGCCAACAUGUUUGCGUACCAUACUCUGGGCUACGAGGACCUGGAUGAACUGCAGAAAGAACCACAGCCUCUCAUCUUCCUGAUUGAGCUGCUGCAGGUGGAGGCCCCAAAUGAGUACCAGAGGGAGACGUGGAAUCUGAAUAAUGAGGAGAAGAUGCAGGCAGUGCCUCUCCUGCAUGGGGAAGGCAACAGGCUCUACAAGCUGGGUCGCUAUGAUCAGGCUGCCACUAAGUACCAGGAGGCCAUCGUGUGCCUGAGGAAUCUUCAGACUAAGGAGAAGCCUUGGGAGGUUGAGUGGCUGAAGCUGGAGAAAAUGAUCAACACCCUGAUCCUCAACUACUGCCAGUGCCUGCUGAAGAGGGAGGAGUACUAUGAGGUGUUGGAGCAUACCAGCGACAUCCUACGACACCACCCAGGGAUCGUGAAGGCCUACUAUGUGCGCGCACGUGCUCACGCAGAGGUGUGGAAUGCUGAGGAGGCCAAGGCAGACCUCAAGAAAGUGCUGGAGCUGGAGCCUUCCAUGCGCAAGGCAGUGCUCAGGGAACUGAGGCAGCUGGAGAGCCGCCUGGCAGACAAACAGGAGGAGGAGAGGCAGCGCUGCCGGAGCAUGCUGGGCUAG